UGACCGGACGUGAGCUCUUUAUAUAUAUCGAUGAAAGCGUCAAGGAGGUGAAAUCCGAAGUCUAAAAGAGGAGAUCGAAGAGAGAGAGAGAGAGAGUCUUGCGCAGGGUUUUCCGCGUUGCUCCUCGACGAACUCAAUCGCAAGGUUCUAUAAGACAAUAGUUCACUAGUUUCAUAAAGAGUAAGGAAGGAUGUCGCAGGAAUCAUCCCGUGAGGACAAUGUUUACUUGGCCAAGCUAGCCGAGCAAGCUGAACGCUAUGAGGAAAUGGUUGACUUCAUGGAGAAGGUUGCAAAGACGGUUGACGUGAAAGAGCUUACAGUGGAGGAGCGCAAUCUCCUUUCUGUGGCCUACAAAAAUGUUAUUGGGGCUCGCCGUGCGUCGUGGCGCAUCAUCUCCUCCAUUGAACAGAAGGAAGAGAGCCGCGGGAAUGAGGGGCAUGUUUCCUCGAUCAAGGAGUAUCGUGGCAAGAUUGAAACGGAGCUCAGCAAGAUCUGCGAUGGAAUUCUGCAAUUGCUUGAUUCUCAUCUCGUACCUUCUUCCACUGCUGCAGAGUCCAAGGUGUUUUACUUGAAGAUGAAGGGGGAUUACCACAGGUACCUUGCGGAAUUCAAGACUGGAGAUGAGAGAAAGGAGGCUGCAGAGAGUACACUGCAAGCGUACAAGUCUGCUCAGGACAUUGCCCUGGCUGAACUGGCUCCAACUCAUCCUAUUAGGCUAGGUCUGGCUCUUAAUUUCUCAGUAUUCUACUAUGAAAUUGUGAACUCUCCUGAUCGGGCUUGCAGCCUGGCAAAACAGGCUUUUGAUGAGGCUAUCUCAGAGUUGGACACUCUCAGUGAGGAAUCUUACAAAGAUAGCACAUUGAUCAUGCAACUUCUUCGUGACAACCUAACCUUAUGGACCUCUGAUAUUACUGAGGAUGUUGGAGAUGAGAUCAAAGAGGCCCCAAAGCGUGAAUCCGGGGAAGGACAGUAACAGGAAGAGCAAGCUUGCCCUGAGAUCGAUGCUGCUUGAUAUUCUUGAGUUUGUGGUUUCUUUCAUGUAGUCUUGGUGUGCUAGAAUUUCUAUUCGAACACUGUCGUUUGGUCAAGAAUGUGGAGGUGAACAGUAGCAUGAAGUAGGUCUGUCGCUUUGUUUUCUUGAGUUUGUUCUCCUUUAUUCUAGUUUUGAUACGCUAUGCUUUCUAUUUGAAUUAUCGUCGCCUUUUGCUUGCGUA